GUUAUAUUUCACAUUAUUCGGAUUCGAGUGUUGUAGAAAAUCUGGAUGUCUUGCGGAGUUGGCCUUUAGAUGAUGAUAUUAAAGGAAUUAUUCAUCAUGCUUAUAAGCAAGCCACCGCGUUAGCUAGAGACGUUCUUGGAAUGGUGUUAAAUACUCAAAUUCAUGAUUUUGUAGCUUUUCCGAAUGAUGAUAAGGUUGAAGUGGAAAAUGAAAUCGAAGAACAAUCUGCUGAACUUCAAAGAGAUGAGAAUUUACAAAUAACUGAAAGUAUUUUUAUAUCAACGGCAGCCUCAGAAGUUAAUGCUUGGGACAAGUUUAGUACACUAACUGAACUCGAAGAAGAAGAAGAUUUCUCUGAUGGGUGUUCGCAAUUAGACUUGAUACUUGAUUCUACCCAGCAAUCUCAGAAUCUUAAUGUAGAAAUGGAUAUUGAUAUUGGAGUUAUCGAUGGGAAGCUUGAAUUAGCCGUUUUAAUUAACCAACGUCGUAGUCAUGAGGCAUAUACUAAUCAAAGAAUGGAGAGAAAGGUUGUGGGAUCAUCCAAAUCCAUUCCAAAUAAUAAAUUCAGCAGUCUUAUAUCAUACCUUUCUUCAAAUGAAUCUGCUCGUUCUGGUGUUCCGCGUCAAAAUCGCUGGAGAAUGAGAGCAAGACUUGAACGAUUAAAUGAUGGAAUAAAAAACUCAGUCA